AAAAUGGGCUGCGAUCGAAACUGUGGGCUCAUCGCUGGUGCUGUCAUUGGUGCACUCAUGGCUGUGUUUGGAGGUAUUCUAAUGCCAGUUGGAGACAUGCUUAUUGAGAAGACAGUUAAAAAGGAAGCUGUCCUUGAAGAAGGUACAAUUGCUUUUAAAAGUUGGGUUAAAACAGGCACAGAAGUUUACAGACAGGUUUGGAUCUUUGAUGUACAGAAUCCAGAGGAGGUGGCAGUGAACAGCAGCAAAAUUAAAGUUAAGCAAAGAGGUCCUUACACGUACAGAGUUCGUUAUCUAGCCAAGGAAAAUAUAACCCAAGACUCUGAGACCCACACGGUCUCUUUCCUACAGCCCAACGGUGCCAUCUUUGAACCCUCACUAUCAGUUGGAACCGAGAAUGACACUUUCACUGUUCUCAAUCUGGCUGUAGCAGCUGUGCCCCAUCUCUAUCCAAGCGCAUUUGUUCAAAUAAUAGUCAAUAUCUUUAUCAAAAAAUCAAACUCUUCUAUGUUUCAAAAGAGAACUUUGAAAGAACUAUUAUGGGGCUAUAAGGAUCCAUUCUUGAGCUUGAUUCCAUACCCGGUUCCUACUACAGUCGGUGUGUUUUACCCUUACCACAAUACUGCAGAUGGAGUUUAUAAAGUUUUCAAUGGAAAAGAUGACAUAAGCAAAGUUGCCAUAAUUGACACAUAUAAAGGCAAAAAAUCAUUCUAUGCUGUGUUUGGAGCUGAAAUUAAUCUGAAAGGAAUCCCUGUGUAUAGAUUUAUCCUUCCAUCCUUGGCUUUUGCAUCUCCACUUCAAAAUCCAGACAACCACUGUUUCUGCACAGAAAAAAUUAUCUCCAAAAAUUGUACCUUAUAUGGUGUGCUAGAUAUUGGCAAAUGCAAAGACGGAAAACCUGUGUACAUUUCACUUCCUCAUUUUCUACAUGCAAGUCCUGAAAUUGCAGAACCUGUUGAAGGCUUAAGUCCAAAUGAAGAGGAACAUAGCACGUACUUAGAUGUUGAACCUAUAACUGGAUUCACUUUACAAUUUGCAAAACGCCUGCAGAUCAAUGUACUGGUUAAGCCAGGAAAAAGCAUUGGAGCAUUAAAGGGUCUGAAGCAGAAUUAUAUGGUGCCUGUUCUUUGGCUUAAUGAGACUGGAACAAUCGGUGAUGAGAAGGCAGAAAUGUUCAGAAAUCAAGUGACUGGAAAAAUAGAACUCCUUGGCCUGGUAGAAAUGAUCUUAAUCAGUGUUGGUGCGGUGAUGUUUACUGCUUUUAUGAUUUCAUACUGUGCAUGCAGAUUGAAGAGUGUAGAAUAAGUAAGUAUAUAACAAAAUAUAUAUAUGGCUUCAGUAAUGUUAGUUUAUAUAUUACUGUUUCCAUUUUAUCAAACAGGAGUUAUAAAUUAGGCUGCAAAUAUUUCUGGACAUGUCUGGCCAACUAUCAUUGUUAAUACAUCCUCGAAGUUUUGAGAUACUAAAUGUAAAUUAAAACAUAAAUGAAACCUGAAUGAGUAAUAAGGCCUACUAAUAUCAAGCAGAUCACUAUAUUUCAUCUUUAUUAUUGGAGGAAUGGGCUAAGAUAUGAAAUUGUCACCUUUCGAAGUUAGAAUGUUGCACAAAAGCUAUAUAUGUACUAACUUUUCUUUUCCUAAUUAUUUCUAGCUAGUUAAUUAUUUUAAAAUUACAAAUAAUUAAUUUAAUGGAUCAAUGACCAGGAAAGUUUAUGUAAAACUGAAAAUGGUAGCUAUUUGGGGAAAUUAGAAUUUACAAGAGAAAAGAAAAUAAAAAGGAAAAUUAAAUAAGCUAGAAAUUAAUGAGAAAUGAAAACUCAAUCAAUGAUAGAACUAAAAUUAGGUAAAAAUAUGCUAUUUUUAAAUGAAGAUAGCAUAUUAAUAUAGAAACAGGAUUGUUGCAUAUAGUCAUGCUGUCCAAAAUCACAGUGUGCACUCUAGAUGUUUAGUGUGGAAGCCCUGAUGAAUUAUUACAAUUCAGGAGCUAGAACUGAAUACAACAAUACAAGAAAACAGAAGACAAAAAUGUUCACACAGUAAAACCAAAUUACUCAGAGUUUACAGGAAAAUCAGCUAAAUGUAGACAGAUUUGAGUUUUGACAAAACUGUAGAGGUGUUUCAGGCCUCUGUGUUUUAGGUAUUACUGCACAAGCCCCCUUGUACAUAGAGGAAUGAAUGCCUGACCCUAUCUUCCCUAAGCCUUUCUUUACUAAUCAUACUUGGCAUAGGUAUGGCCUGUGGGGGGUAGGGGGGGAAUUUGUCACUUACCCAUAGUUUCUGUCCCCCCUCCCUUCCCAGGAACCUCAAAAAAUAAACGCAAUCAAAAUAAAAGCAAUAUACUUGGUAUGAAAAAAUCACAACUUCAAAACAAAAGUCUUCUUGUUCUACUUCCAAUCAGCCUGUUGACUGUAACCUGUCAUGUAGAAAUUCUGGAACUGCCACUGAUAAUUACUGAGCUUUUAUUAUGUGCCAAAAUCAUGCUAAAUAUUUUACAUGAUUUAUCACAACUAAUCCGUAAUAAUAUUUCAUGAGUUUCCAAUAAUCAGGGAUUCAUUAGCAUCCAUUCUAUCUUAUGGAGUCAUCCCAGAAAGUUAUAAAUUUAAACUGUGCAAAAUUGUCCAUUUUCACAGUGUGAAUCAGUCAAACUGAAGAUGAAGAAAAAUGAAGUGGAAUUUUUGGACAAUAUUUUUUUGGAUAUGAAAUUGAGAGCUUGAGACUAGGAAGGCAACUCCAUUUUUUGUUCUGAUUAUUUCUGUCACUAUUCACUCAAAAGAGGACUGAAUAAUUCUGCCUACAAUCCAUUUGAAUAGGUAUUCAAAACGCUAACCUAAUAUAUUCACAUUAUAACACAUAAAGGAAAUAUUGCAUCACCUUUAAGACCUGUCAUUAGUCCAGUAACAAAUAAGUUAUGAUUAAACAAAGUAAUUCAUAUGAACACAUACAAUAGACAAAAAGAUCAUCCACUGAUAAGCCAAAUUACAACAAAAACUUCUUCUAGUGGGAAAAUAUGCUUUUCAAAACGAAGUAUGAGUCAUAAAUUUUUUCUGUAUAGUUCUCUACUGAAAUUACAUGAACAAUUUCAUCAGUGCUUAAUGAGCCCUGAAUGCCAAUUAUCUUGGGUCUGUACAUGGCUCUAUUAAGGUGAAAGACUGAAAACUUUCUAGAGUGCCUUUGUCAACAAGUAUAUUGGUUUGGCUUAACAUCUGACUGUUACAGGGAAAAGCUACUGCUCUUUACACAACAAUACGUCUUUUUUCUUUACAAAUAGAGAAGAACACUGUUCUCUGUAGAUUACUUGAUUUACUAGAUUUAGAAGAAUUACAGAUAUAGAUUUCCUUAAAGAAGCUUCAGUUUUGAAUAUUAUAAUAAUUAUGCCUUUGAGAAGAUUUAUAAACAAUUGAAAAAUAAAGAGAUGGAUGUACAAGAGGGAGUAAAGCAAAGAUGGUGGAGCUAAGGUGUGAUUUUGCUCAAUGGAUCACAAAGAGAGUAAGCCAAUAGUCCUUUCGAAAGUAGUAGUAUAUACACCGCUAAAUGGAGGAUGGUCUGAAGGGACAGCAAAGAGUGGAAAUGCUCAUCCAGAGCAGAUUUAACGAGCUACCCCUCCUUAUCUGGCCACACGCAGCUCUUGAGAGCUGGGAAGCAGCCUUCCAUGUAUCCUGGAAUGGGAAAAUAAUUGCCUUAUCCAUGAAGUUCAUCAGAGAAUUUUUUCUGCAGCUUGAGAAAUUGGGCUAAUUACUAGAAAACAUGACAUCUGCAGUAAUUAGAAUUUGAAUAUUACCUGCUUUAUUUUUCCACGAGUUUUUGAUAAGUACUUACCUUUCUUCUGCUUUCCAGGAAGCAAAUGAGUCUUUACAUUUAUGCACCAGCUACAUCAGGAUCUUUCUUAAUAUCGACCUACAAAAUAAAGAUUUAAUAUGCUUUAUGUUUGCAAAACACACCUUAUCUUAUAGUUGAAGAACUGGUGGCACUUUUUUUUUUUUUUUUGUACUGAGAAGCAGCACAUUUCUAAAGGAUUAUUAAGAUGUCAUUAAAAUCCAUACUUUGAAUAAAACAGCACCUUUUAAAAUUCAACAUGUUCACAAUGGAAUGGAUUUCAGUUUCUACAGAUGUGGCUUCAGCAUUAUCCAGUUAUUUUUAUUUGGUACUGAUUCACUGAUUGGUUCCAGUUUGCUAAAUUCAGCAGAUGGGUGGAUGUUCUAAACAAAUCCUGGACCCUGAACUCUUGUCUUCCUCAUCAAAGGGAAAACAUCACUACCCUCAUCAGUGCCCCUGCAAUACAAAGACCCCAGGACUGUCAGGACAUUGCAUUUCAUGAGUAUCAACUAUUUUGAAAGACAUUUAAGAAUGGAAACUAAAUGACUGGCCUAUGAACCAUUUAUUAAACAUUAUUUAAUUUUCUUUCUCUAUUAAAUCCUUCACACAGCAUGAGCAAGCCUUAUCACCACGCUCUUUAUAACAAUAUGGCUCACAUUUUUGUCAGUGAUAAUGCAAAUGAACAUGUUUAGGGACUUUGUCAUUUUCCACAUUCUGCAGCUCUUCUGGAAAUCUGAGUAGAUUUUGAUCUUUUCACUCAGUUGCAUAUAACUUAUGCUUGGCAACUUCAGAAUGCUGUGCUAGUAUUAAGAGAUGUAAAUGAUAAUAAAGAAAUUAUUGUGUGGGAGAUUACAAAGAGUAGAAUGUCCAUUCAUAGUUAUUUUUUGUAAUA